AAUUUUUAUAAUAAGAGAAUAAAGAUUAGGGUAUCAAAUACAUAAGAAGCGAACGAAGUGAUAUUUUAGGCUUCUCGUAUGAAUGAAUCCAUGUAUGCGUCUGUGACGCCAGCUAUUUUAGAAUUUGGUCAAUCAUAUACAAAGGUUGGCGUGGCAGGAGAGCCUCAACCUAGAGGAAUCAUAAAAACAUAUGCUUUACAAGGAAGUUAUGUGAAUGGAUCUCAACAUAACAGUCCUUUUGUAACAAAAGUAUUACACUGGUCUCAAUGUAAAAAUCAAUUAUACCAGAUGCUUCAUAAAAUUUACUUCUAUUAUUUACGAAUCAAUUCAUCAGAACAUAAAGUUUGUAUUAUAGAAAAUCCCAUUAUGACAAUUCAUUUUAAAAAAGCUUUAACAUGCGUCUUAUUUGAGACUUUUCAUGUUCCCUCGAUUGAAUUUCUGCCAGCGUGUAAAGUCCCGGUGUAUCUUUGUGGGGUGACAACUGGACUCGUUUUAGAUGUGGGUUAUUCAGGAACCCGCGUGUUACCAAUUUACUAUGAUGUACCAGUCUAUGAGGCCAUUGAAUUGGUAUCAUUAAAAAGUGAAAAAGUCGAUACACUGCUUUAUGAUUGUUUAAGAGAAAAUCCUUUGAAUUCCUCAAUCAUCAGUGUAUUAGAAUGUAACAAAGUAAGUAAUUUAAGAAAAAAACACAAAGCUUUUUCAGAUGAAGGAAAAGGAAUGCAUCAAAAAAAAAACGAUUAAUCAUUUCAAUGAUACAAUUUUAGCCUAGUGUGCCUUUACGCAUGAACAGAGUACGGGUCACAAGACGUUUUUAUGUGUUUCCAUUUCUAGGCCAUCAUUGAACCGUUAAGACUCAAGUAUUGUUACGUUCGAAACACUGGGGAUUCAAUGACUCAUCAUACUGAGGAGAAGCAUCUUGUUAUCCACGUUAAAAGGCUGAAUAUCUCAGUGCAUUUCAGUCAGUCAUCGCGGUAAAGACUGUUUAGUGCUUUUCCCAAUAGUACAAGGAAAUGCAGUACACUAUGUUUUUAUCAGAUGGAAGCCUUAUGAAUUUCUUUUUUAUGAUCCAGAAGAGCAAGAAAACACCUUGUGUCAUGCAAUGAUAAGGUAAUUUCAAAACAUCCGAAGGUGGAAAAUGAAACGUUUAUGAUAAUGCUAAAAAAAGAUCAUUACAAAAAUGUCCUAUGGAUGUUCGACCAUUUGUUAUUGAGAACAUUAUUUUGUGCGGCGGUAUCGUUGAUGCCGUAGGGUUCCGAGAAAGAUUUUCAAGCGAAUUUUGGUACAUUCCAACAACAAUUCAAAAAUAGUUGAGUAGGAAAUUGUCAAAAAACAAUGGUCAUGUUUUAUGUAGGAAGUUGCUUAAUACGAAUAAGUUUUUAAAUACAAAUAAAAUACUUUCACGUGUUUGUGUAAGUAAUCCGAAACCGUGCGGUUUUCUUCGCCAAUGGGUAGGCGGUUCACUUUACGCAGCUGUUGCUAUUACGGUUACUGUAAGACAAGAUUGCGUUUUUAAAUAACAGUUAAUUCUUUCACUAUUUAUUUAGCUGAAUUCAACGACGCUAGAACUAUCAAAGUGGAAAAAAGAAUCCACCUUACUAAAUGAUUGGAUUGUGACUGAAGAAAUGAACAUAGAUGAAGCUGAAAGUUCUUCGUCUAUUUUAAAAUUAGCAUCAUUACACUCUAUCGACAUUCCAUAAGAGUCAAUCGAUUGAUUUUUUUAAUGAACGUCAUGCGAAUAAUUUGCUUAUGUCUUUUCCUCUGUAUCUAUGAAAAACGACACAGACACGAACAAAAAAAAAAGAGAAAAAACAAACACACACGACUAAGGACUUGAGUCACUUAGAAAGGCGAGAAGUCAUUUUCUUAAAACUGAAAUUGUGAGUCGAGCAUUUCAAAGGACCAUUCGACUGAUGCCGCUAUAUGAUCUCUGUCCCAUUCUGUCCCUUGUGGAUGGUGCUUUUGACGCAAUGGAGGCAACGUUAUGAGUGUUCGUUUAUUUUGUUAAAAAAAUAAGUUUUUGAAUAGUUUUAUUUUAUCAAGCAUGAGUGCUAUUCCACAAAUUUUGAAACCUGGAUCUCAUGAAGAUCGUGGUGAACUUGCGCGUUUGCAAUACUUUGUUGGAGCCAUUUCGGUAGGCGAUUUAAUCAAAUCCACUUUAGGACCAAAAGGAAACGAUAAAAUUUUACAACCUCUUGGAGGUGAAGGAUCGACAUCAGGAAAAACCACUAUUACAAACGAUGGUGCCACCAUUUUAAAAUCCUUAUGGAUUGAUAAUCCUGCUGCUAAAAUUUUAGUCGACGUGUCCAAAAAACAAGAUUCGCAAUGCGGGGAUGGUACAACGGGUGUUGUAGUUUUGGCUGCUGAGCUUCUACGUAAUGCGGAAACAUUAAUUAAUCAAAAAAUUCAUCCUCAGGUUAUUUGCAGUGGGUAUCGUAUGGCGUUAGACGUUGCUUGUGACACAUUAAAAAAGUAUUGUAUUAAAUAUACUAAGGCUGAUCAUGAAUUUAAAGAAGCUUUAUUGAAUGUUGCUCGAACAACCUUAUCCUCCAAGUUGUUAACUCAUGAAAAAGAGAAAUUCGCUGAAUUAGCGGUUUCCGCUGUUUUAAGACUUAAUGGUAAACCAAAUUUGGAUUAUGUUAAGAUUAUCAAAAAAGAAGGUGGAACGUUACGUGAUUCGUUUCUUGAACCGGGUUUUAUAUUAGAAAAAAGUAUAGGUGUUGGACAACCAAAGACCUUAACCAAUUGUAAAAUUUUAAUUGCAAAUACUCCUAUGGAUACGGAUAAAAUAAAGAUUUAUGGUGCGCGAGUGAAAGUUGAUUCAUUUGAAGCUGUCAAAGAAAUAGAAGAUGCUGAAAGAAGAAAAAUGAGUGAAAAAGUAGAAAAAAUCGCUGCUCAUGGGUGUAAUGUUUUUAUAAAUCGUCAACUUAUUUAUAAUUAUCCUGAUCAACUUUUUAAAGAUAAAGGUAUAAUGGCUAUUGAGCACGCGGAUUUUGAAGGAGCAGAACAAUUGGCUGCAGUCUUAGGUGGUGAAAUAGCUUCUACUUUUGACAACCCUGAGAAAACCGUUCUAGGAUUUUGUGAGAAAAUUGAUGAAGUCACCGUUGGAUCUUCAAAAGCUAUUCGUUUUUCGGGGUGUAAAAAAAAUGAAGCUUGUACUAUUAUUCUUCGUGGAGCUAAUACUCAUAUAUUAGAUGAGGCUGAAAGAUCUUUACAUGAUGCCUUAGCUACCUUAUCGCAAGUCGUGAUAGAUAAUACAGUUGUUUGCGGAGCUGGUGCAGCCGAAAUGGUCAUGGCCAAUGCUAUUGACGAUUUAGCUCGUUCAGUCGAAGGAAAGCAGAGUCUAGCUAUUGAGGCAUUCGCUCUAGCCUUACGCCGUAUACCUACGAUCAUUGCUGAUAAUUGUGGUCUGGAUUCCGCUGAAUUGAUCACGAAAUUAAGGGCUGCACAUCACGCGGGAAAAUUUUAUUAUGGCUUGGAUGUUCUUAAUGGAACCGUUGGAGAUGUUCGUGAUUUAUGCAUUAUGGAAUCCUAUAAAUCCAAAUUAUCUCAAAUUUGCUGUGCUGGAGAAGCAGCAGAAAUGAUUAUUCGUGUUGAUGAUAUCAUUCGCUGCGCACCAAGAAAGAGGGAAGGAAUGUAAUCAAGUGUGCAUAAUAAGCCAAAGGUGGUCCAUUGUUAUGUUUCAUAGCGCGUUUCCUUAAAACUGUUUUUUGUCAACGUGUAACCUUACAAAUUUUGCUUUCAUUUUC